ACACGCACACACGCACGCACGACGCGUGUCACCGCAGGCCAGGGGGAGCGUCCUUGGCAGUGCCAGCCAGAGUGGGGGCCGGAGAGGCGGCGGUGACAGCGCGAGACAGCAGCUUAGUGACACUCCUAUCUGGUUACGUCUGUGGCAGCGUCAGUGUAGUGAGGGGACGAGGUUCUGGCGAGGGGGGAGAGGGACAGCGCCGCGCCCUCCCGCCGCCCCGCAGCUCCCUCUGUGCGCGAGUGAAGUGAAGGGGCAAGCCAGGGUCGUGUGGUCGCCUGAUGGGGUGGCGUCACUGAGGGCCGCAGUGCCACAGUGCCAGCGAGAGCCACGCUGUUUACAGAGCCUUCUUUCGCCUCCAGGUGCCGCCAUGGGACCUCUCUACGUCACGUUCGUGUGCGUGGCACUGGCGUCCCUCGCCGCCGGGGUGCCCGUGGGGAUCCCUUUCCCUCGCCUCUCCUCUAACGACCCCUACGCCCACCACCCACACAACGAAAUCGCCCCUGACCACGCCGCCCCCGCGCUGACAACGACGCCGACGCCGACGGACGCGCCUCGGGUCGGCUCAACUCUGCACGCCAUGAAGUUCAUGCAGAAGUUCGGCUACAUUCCCGAAGAAGACGAGAACGCAGGGUUUAUGUUGACACCGCAGGCCUUCAAGGAGUCGCUCAAACGCAUGCAGAAGUACGGCAGCAUCCCCCAGACGGGCGAACUCGACAACGCUACUAUCGAGCUGAUGCAGACUCCCCGCUGUGGCGUUCCUGACGAGAUCCUGGAGCCACGUCGUCGUCCCAAGCGCUACAUCGUGGGAUCUGAAGGCUGGAAAAAGCGAGAACUCACCUAUUUCCUUGCCAACUGGACCCCACAACUCUACACGAAGGAGAACGUGCAGAAGGAACUCCGUCGCGCCUUCGAUGCCUGGAGUACUUAUUCGCAUCUCAGUUUCAAGGAAGUGGAGGGACCUGAAGCAGAUAUUGUGAUUUUCUUCGCGACUUAUAACCACCAUGACGGGUACUCCUUCGACGGCCCGAGUGGCAUUCUCGCCCACGCUUACUUCCCUUACGAGUUCGGUCAUUACGGAGGCGAUGUUCACUUCGACGAGAGCGAGAAAUGGACCAUUAAACCGAAGGAUGAAUAUGCUGGUCUGGACUUCUUCACCGUCGCCGUGCACGAGAUAGGCCACUCCCUCGGUCUCGCCCACUCGCCCGUCGCCGACUCCAUCAUGUUCCCUUACUACAAGGGCUACACCCCCCAUUUCUCCCUGGCUUACGAUGACGUCAUGGCCAUGUGGGAACUCUAUAUCAAGAGGAAGCUGGAAGGGGACGACGAGUACUUCAACAGGACGACCACCACGACGACCACCACCCCCUCCCCCCCCACGACGGACGAAGACCAUCAGUCAGACGCAGCAAAUGAUGGUGAUGACGGCGAGGGAGACGACGUGCACAGGCGGGACGACGAACGCAAGAGGACCGAGGAGGAGGACUUUUACGAGGAAGACCGCAAGAGACGCGAGGAGGAGGAGAGGCGCAGAGAGGAGGAGAGGAAGAGGCACAGGGAGGAUGAAGAGGAGAAGAGGCGCUGGGAGGAGGAAGUCAGGAGGAGGGAGGAAGAGGCGAGGAGGAGGGAGGAAGAGGAGCGAUGGAGGUGGGAACACGGGGAGGACGAGCCCGUGGCGACGACGGAGAGGCCCCCGCCGCCCGUCCCCAGCCUCUGCGACGGGGACUUCGACGCCAUGGCGGUCCUCAGGCAGGAGCUCUUUAUAUUCAAGGACACAUACAUUUGGCGUUACGACGAGCGCGGAAAUCUACGGGACAGCUACCCAUCUUUGGUCCACAACCUCUUCUCCGGUCUUCCGUCUUAUAUGAAGAGGGUGGAUGCUGCUUACGAGAGACCUUCUGAUGGCAAUAUUAUCUUCUUUAUAGGGAAGUAUUAUUACGUGCAUAACGGCGACAGGCUGGUAGAAGGGUCGCCUCUGCCACUCACGUCCUUAGGCCUGCCCGAGCGCUUCACGAAGAUCGACGCUGCCUUCUACUGGCCGAGGGCGAAGAAGACCUACUUCUUCAGUCGCCACGAAUAUUUCCGGUACAACGAGAGGACAAAUACCAUGGACCCAGGCUACCCGAAGAACAUGGCCAAGUGGAAUGGCCUGCCUGAUAACCUGGACGCCGUUUUCACCUGGAAAGACGGAAUGUCAUACUUCGUGAAAGGCAAAGACUACUGGAAAUACGACAACAAAGGAAUCCGUCCGUACGAAGGCUACCCUCAGAAUGCCGUGGAGUACUGGGCGGGAUGUUCCAGCUCCUCCUCCUCCUCCUGGGCGCCGUAGCGAGGCCACGCCCACUUCCUAGCUACUGAGAGGGGGAUCACCACGCCCACCUCUUGGCCGGGGACAUCGCAAAGCUAAUGAGAAAGGCGGAAAAGUCUUAGCUACGAUAGAAAUUUAGUUCUUCUUCUUUUUCUUUCUCUCUUUCUUAUUCUUUUCUUUUUUUUUUAGGGAUAACACAAUAAUUUAAUUGUCUUCUCGUUUCCCUGAUUAUCAUUGAUGUUUGUUGUGGUCAUCGUCAAAGACGGACAUCGAGGGAGAAAGAGUUUGUUAUUUUCAACCUCAGUAAUUCUAAUUCUAUGUUUAUUUAUUCAAAUCAGGCUUCUCGAAUGCUUAUCAAAUACUAAUAAAAGUAAACGUUUUUGUAACACGUCUCACAAAAACAAAAAAGUGUUUCGCUGUUCAUCUCAGUCGUUCAGAAUCCAAGUGUUUAGUCUUGCCCUAAUAUUAUUCUCCUACCCUGCCUCCCUUUCCCUAUUAUUGGUCUUUCCUUCCCUCCUUCCCUUAAUCUAAUAUUGGUCUCCUUCCUUCUCUUCUUUACCCUAAUAUUGUUCUCCUCUUCCUCCCCUCCCUUCCCUCUCCCAUCUUAACACAGGUUUCCUUACCUACCUCCCUAAUAGUGGUCUUCUCCCCUCCCUCUCUUACCCCAAUAAUGGUCCCCUCCCCUCCCUCUCCCACUUAAAUGUCGGUCCUCUCCCCUCCCUUUCCCACCUUAAUAUUGGUCUCCCUCACCCUAAUACUAGUCUCAUCCUAAUAGUCUAUCGCCCUAAUACUAGUCUCAUCCUAAUAGUCUAUCGCCCUAAUACUAGUCUCAUCCUAAUGGUCUAUCACCCUAAUACUAGUCUCAUCCUAAUGGUCUAUCACCCUAAUACUAGUCUCAUCCUAAUAACCUAUCACUCUAAUACUGUUUUCCUGCUAAUAGUCUAUCACCCUAUUAACUCACCUCUAUUUUCACUCCAAUAUUGACUUUAUUUCGUCUUUCCUUACCCCCAACAACUGGCUUUCCCCCCCUCCCUUACCAUCCCCACCCCUAUACCCUAGGUUCCCCUCACAGCACAAAUAAUAAUUCUCGUUUUCUAUUUUUUUUUAACCACCUCCCCCCCCUUUUCCCCUCUCAGGCACCUUAACCGUUAGCGAGAAGCUUAAAAAAAUAUGAAUGAAAUUUAUGAAUGAAAGAGAAUGUCUUCUUCAUUAGUAUUUUUGUCAUUUUUUAUUUUUUUAUACUGGAACCUUAUAUUAAUAUCUACAGAAAAAAGUUAUUUUUUACUGGAGCCUUAUAUUAAUAUCUACAGAUUUUUUUUUUAUUAUCUUCAAUGAUCUUGACAUUAGUAGUUUAUCAAUGCUUUCUGAAUUUUCCACUGUUAGAUGAAGAUUUAGUGAUUGUUAGUAAACAAUUUUCAUUCAUUAGCCAACUAAAUUGCCUAGUAAAAUCAGUAAACAGUUUUCCUUAACUGUUCGUAACUCUUUCUCCCGUCGAUGAAGUAGAUUCGUUUGUUCGUCAUAGAAAGAGUGUAUAGCUAAAGCUUAGUUAAUUGCUAUUAACCAAAAAUACCCAUGGUACAUACAGUACAUGUAUAUGU